UUGUGCAGCACUGUUUGUCGACCGGGAAGAAGAAGACCACGCAUUGAAUUUUUACUGUUUGUGAAAUAGAAAACUAACAAUAAAGAAAAACAAAGAUGUCCAAUAUAACUGCAGCGGUGAUUGCCAACCGCAAUAAGAAACACUUUUUGGGCGUGCCAGCGCCCUUGGGCUAUGUGGCCGGCGUGGGUCGUGGGGCCACUGGCUUCACCACUCGAUCGGAUAUUGGUCCGGCUCGCGAUGCCAACGAUGUGUCCGAUGAUCGGCAUGCACCGCCAGCAACCAAACGUAAGAAAAAAGAUGAGGAGGAGGAGGAGGAUGAAGACUUGAACGACUCGAACUAUGAUGAGUUUAGUGGUUACAGCGGCUCCCUGUUCUCGAAGGAUCCCUACGACAAGGACGACGAGGAGGCCGAUGCCAUCUACGAUUCCGUAGAGAAGCGCAUGGACGAGAAACGCAAAGAGUAUCGCGAUCGUCGACUGCGCGAGGACUUGGAGCGCUAUCGCCAGGAGAGACCAAAGAUUCAGCAGCAGUUUAGCGAUCUAAAGCGUUCACUGUCUGGCGUAACCUCCGAAGAAUGGUCCACCAUACCCGAGGUGGGUGACAGUCGCAAUCGGAAGCAGCGAAAUGCCAGGGCCGAGAAGUUUACGCCGCUGCCGGACAGCGUUUUGUCCAGAAAUUUGGGCGGCGAGUCAUCCUCCACACUGGAUCCAUCCUCUGGCCUGGCGUCCAUGGUGCCGGGCGUGGCCACACCGGGCAUGUUAACGCCCACGGGGGAUUUGGACUUGAGAAAAAUUGGUCAGGCACGUAAUACGUUGAUGAACGUGAAGCUGUCACAGGUCUCCGACUCGGUGACGGGACAAACAGUGGUGGAUCCGAAGGGUUACCUCACCGACUUGCAGAGCAUGAUUCCCACCUACGGCGGCGACAUCAACGACAUCAAGAAGGCUCGCCUUCUGCUGAAAAGUGUAAGAGAAACAAAUCCGAAUCAUCCGCCGGCCUGGAUAGCCUCGGCUCGCCUCGAGGAGGUCACCGGGAAGGUGCAGAUGGCUCGCAACCUGAUAAUGAGAGGCUGCGAAAUGAAUCCACAGUCUGAGGAUCUUUGGCUGGAAGCGGCACGCCUGCAGCCCCCCGACACCGCCAAGGCGGUGAUAGCCCAGGCAGCUCGACACAUUCCCACCUCUGUGCGCAUUUGGAUCAAGGCCGCGGACUUGGAAACCGAAACAAAGGCCAAGCGGCGAGUCUUUCGAAAGGCCCUGGAGCAUAUACCGAACUCUGUGCGUCUGUGGAAGGCGGCCGUUGAGCUGGAGAAUCCCGACGAUGCCCGUAUUCUGCUGUCUCGUUCUGUGGAGUGCUGCAACACCAGUGUCGAGCUCUGGCUGGCCCUGGCCCGCCUCGAGACCUACGAAAAUGCCCGCAAGGUGUUAAACAAGGCACGCGAAAAUAUACCCACAGAUCGACAAAUUUGGACAACGGCUGCCAAGCUGGAGGAGGCCAAUGGCAACAUACAUAUGGUGGAAAAGAUCGUCGAUCGUUCGCUGACCUCCCUCACAGCCAAUGGGGUGGAGAUCAAUCGGGAUCAUUGGUUCCAGGAGGCCAUCGAGGCGGAGAAAUCGGGCGCCGUCAAUUGUUGCCAGUGCAUUGUCAAGGCUGUCAUUAGCAUUGGUGUGGAGGAGGAGGAUCGUAAGCAGACCUGGAUCGAUGAUGCCGAAUUUUGCGCCAAGGAGAACGCGUUUGAGUGCGCGCGAGCUGUCUAUGCCCACGCACUGCAAAUGUUCCCCUCGAAGAAGAGCAUUUGGCUGCGUGCCGCCUACUUUGAGAAGAACCAUGGCACACGCGAAUCGCUGGAGGCACUGCUGCAGCGUGCCGUCGCUCACUGUCCCAAGUCGGAGAUUCUCUGGCUGAUGGGUGCCAAAUCCAAAUGGAUGGCCGGAGAUGUGCCGGCAGCGCGAGGCAUCCUUUCGUUGGCUUUCCAGGCGAAUCCUAAUUCGGAGGAUAUUUGGCUGGCUGCCGUCAAACUGGAGUCUGAGAAUGCCGAGUAUGAGCGGGCGCGUCGUCUGCUGGCCAAGGCCAGAGGGUCGGCGCCCACGCCGAGGGUAAUGAUGAAGUCGGCUCGGCUGGAGUGGGCCCUGGAGCGUUUCGAUGAGGCGUUGCGUCUGCUUGAAGAGGCUGUCGAGGUGUUCCCCGAUUUCCCCAAACUCUGGAUGAUGAAGGGCCAGAUCGAGGAGCAGCAGCGGCGCACCGAUGAUGCUGCCAACACCUACACACAGGGCCUGAAGAAGUGUCCCACAUCGAUACCCCUGUGGGUGCUCUCCGCCAAUCUGGAGGAGCGCAAAGGUGUGCUCACAAAAGCCCGUUCCAUUCUGGAGCGAGGUCGCCUGCGCAAUCCCAAGGUGGCGGUGCUCUGGCUGGAGGCCAUACGCGUCGAACUGCGUGCAGGACUCAAGGAGAUUGCCAGCACAAUGAUGUCGCGCGCGCUGCAGGAGUGCCCCAAUGCCGGCGAGCUCUGGGCGGAGGCCAUCUUUAUGGAGACAAAGCCGCAGCGUAAGACCAAGUCCGUGGAUGCGCUCAAAAAGUGUGAGCACGAUCCGCAUGUGCUACUGGCGGUCUCCAAACUUUUUUGGUCGGAGCACAAGUUCUCCAAAUGCCGCGAUUGGUUCAACCGAACGGUGAAAAUAGAUCCAGACUUGGGCGAUGCCUGGGCAUAUUUCUAUAAGUUCGAAUUGCUUCACGGCACAGAGCAGCAGCAGCAGGAGGUACUCGAGCGUUGCAUAGCCGCCGAGCCCACGCACGGUGAGUCCUGGUGUCGUGUGAGCAAAAGCAUCCAGAACUGGCAAUUCAAGACGCCGGAUGCAUUGCGUGCCGUGGUCAAGGAGCUGUCCAUACCAACAUAACUUUAAUUUUCACUUUUUAAAUAAAUCUGUGUGUGUGUGCCUAGUGCCGCAUCCUAAUCACGCCCCUAAA